GCUCCUCCGUCAAGCGGUCCUUACACGCCAUCCUCGCCAAGCAACACCGCCACUGACGCUGUUCCAACAUCUGGAUACCCAAUCUCGAGCGGUUACGGCAGCGCCAGCUCUACCGGUCCUGUCGGCACAAACACAGACUCUGUCCCCACUUCCUCAAGCCCCGGCGUAUCCGGUCCAUCCUCGGGUGGCUACACAGCUCCUGGGACCUCUGCACUUCCCACCCAAGGCACCUCAAGCACUCCUGGGGGCUAUCCAUCCGGGUCAAUUCCAGUCGCACCGUCUAGCACCCUGAGCAAUGUGUCUGGCACAUAUCCCGCCGUCACGUCUGUCAGCUCUGGUUUGGUGUACCCUGGACCUCCACCACCAGCCAGCACGACCGUCAUCGAUGGCACUACUAGGAUUACGAGCCGUUUGACUCUGAUAUCGACGAACUACGUUACCGCACCGUUGCCCUCGAGUAACCCAUCUACCGACACCGCCACGGAUGCUGUUCCCACGAGCCGCGGCACUGGAUAUCUCCCGUCUGGAUCUGGCUACCCUUACCCAUCUGGCAGCGCUAAUGGCACUAUCAUCGCUCCCACUCCGUCGUACAUCGAGGUCCCUGUCAACAUGGGUCAGACCGUCGCCAUAGGCCACAGUCCCAUCGCAGCCAUCGUCAUCGCUUUGGCCUUCGCGCUCUUCGCUUAA